UACAUGCUUAAAGUCUGUUUAAUAUUUCUGAGCCUAAACAAAGCAGAAUAUUUACAUUAUGUGUACAGGAAAGUGUGCCAAGUUUAUUGGCAUCAGCCUCUAUCCGCUGGCACUGCUGUCCAUCAUCUGCAACAUUUUUCUGUUUUUCCCUGAUUUUAAAACUAUUUAUUCAAAGGAGGAAGCUGAGGGGCUCUACCGUCUUACGGAUGAGAUCAUAUACAUGGGAGGCGUUGUUGGAGGAGGUAUCUUGGUAUUGAUUCCUGCGAUUCACAUCCAUAGCACUGGGAGGCAAGGCUGUUGUGCAAACCGAUGUGGGAUGUUCCUGUCCAUUAUCUUUUCUGCAAUUGGUGUGGCUGGUGCUCUGUACAGUGGUGUAAUAGCUGUGUUUGCCUUAAUUAAUGGACCAGUUUGCUUGACUGAAGAUGGGCAAUGGAGCAGACCAUUCAUGAAUAGCACUGAAAACUACAUAGGAAACUCUGACAUCUGGGACACUUGCGAAAAGCCAGAAAAUGUUGUGGAGUUUAACAUCAGCCUGUUUGUCACCCUGCUGGUGGCUGCUUGCUUAGAACUGCUGCUCUGUGGAUUUCAGGUGCUCAACGGCCUCUUUGGCUGCAUCUGUGGUACAUGCAAUCACAAAGAGGAGGUGGCAUAAAUUCAAAAGGACAACAGACCAGAUAACACAGGAUCAAGAUCUAUUACCGGACACUUAGCAAAUGUGAAAGUGAACAGUAAUUAACAAGAAUGGACCUGUAAAACUUACUGAUUUAUAUCUUCUCGAUUGUAACAUUGUUUGCAUGUCAUAUUGAAUAAUAGACUGAGAAAAUGUCUCCGGAAACUCAGUGAUCCAUCCAUGUGGAAAAAAAUGGGUUAAUUUGUUGUAUAAAU